CUGAUGGAUGAAAACACUUAAAACCUAAAAGACCUAAAACGACGCGAUGACCACUCUGCUUUAAACAACCCAUAGAUACGAGAUUCAUAUUUUAUUGAUUGUCGGAACGCGGUCUACCUGUUAAAACUUAGUUGAUUAGAGAUCAGGUUAAAGGGAAACGAAUUUUAAAUGAUCGUCACAUGUGGCUUUUUAUUACCCACUUUUCAUCAGUUAAUAGAGGUUAAGAUACUUUCUUCGUAACACAAACAUUACAAACUUCGUUUAAAGUUUUAGAGCACGUUUGUAUUGUGGUUUGCAUUAAGAGAUUGAUUUUUUAAAUUUAACAAAAUGGGGAAAUUUAAAAAUACUUUACAGAAUAAUCAAGCACCUGCUGUAAAAAUUAAUAUGAGAACGUCCAUCGUGAAGAAAAAAAGAAAGAAAGGUAAAAAGUCAUUAAGUAAUAUACAUAACAAUAAUUUAAAGAAACAAAAUGUAUCUAAUAAAAUAAUAAAAAAUACUUUUAUUAAUAUGCAAAAUAACAAGAAAAAAUCAAGCAAAUCCAAUUUUAAAAAUAAACUUGGUGUAAAAGAUACAGAAGAAUUGUAUAUUCCAACAAAAUACUCAAAGGAUAAUAAAAAAUUAGAGGUAUUUAAAAAAGUACAAAUUAAAAAAAGAAAUAAAAAACAAAAACAAAGUAGUAAUCUUAAUCAUGUGAAUAAGGAUGUUACAAUGGUUGAUAAUGCAAGAAAGAAAAACAAAAAGUUACAAAUGCCUGCAAAAAAGUCAACUAAAGCAGAAGCACAGCAGAUUAAACCUGACGAAGUAUUAAAACUGAACAAACAUAAAAUAAAUAUUAAACAAUUAGAAGAGAUGCUUGCCAGUAAAUCGAAAUCAAAGCAGAAAGUUACACAACUUACUUUGAGAGAUAGAAUGAUGACACAGUUAAGAGCAUCUAGAUUCAGAUUUAUAAAUGAAUUAUUGUACACCAAUAACAGUUCUCUAUCUAAACGUUACUUUAAAGAGGAUCCUGAUUCUUUCCUGGCUUAUCAUGCCGGAUAUAAGCAACAACUCGAACAAUGGGCAGUAAAUCCACUGGAUGUUAUAAUAUCGUCGAUUAAAAAGCUGCCAGUGGACAAUGUGAUUGCUGAUUUUGGUUGUGGUGAGGCACGACUCGCUACUUCUGUUCCUCACACAGUACACUCAUUUGAUUUCAUCGCUCUGAAUAACAAAGUAAAAGCUUGCGAUAUGGCUCAUACUCCAUUACUAAUGAACAGCGUCCAUGUUGUCGUAUUUUGUCUCUCUCUAAUGGGAUCUAAUCUUAACGAUUAUAUAAUGGAAGCUAACAGAGUUCUUAAAAUCAAUGGAAUCUUGAAAAUAGCCGAAGUCGAAAGCAGAUUCGAGAACGUAAACGACUUUAUAAAAUUGCUGCGUGGUUACGGUUUUAAAAAUACAUGGAAAGACUUGUCUCACAACCUGUUUUAUUUUAUGGAUUUCAAGAAACAAGAGGAUAUAACCAUGAAAAGAAAAAAUCUCUCUCCAAUCACACUAAAAUCAUGUUUGUAUAAAAAAAGAUAACAUUGUAUUAUUGUAUUAUUUCAACAAUGUUUUAUUUUUUACACAUAAUAAAACUUAAAAAACUAAGUUUUUAUUAUAAAAAUGUUCCAUACUAUGUUAAAAUAUUACUAUUACUUCUAAGUAAUAAGUUGAUAUUAAACAUCAUAUGGAUAAUU